ACAUAGCACUGGCAAUUUCAAAAGUGCGGGGUUAACUUGUAGAUGAUAUAUUUUAUAUCCCUUACGCGGAACGAUUUUAUUUUUCGCUUCGCUUUUCACUGAUCCUGAUGUGUACACAGAAAAAGUCUUGAAAAUAAAAUAGAACUAACGACACCUUUGCUUUGUUGAAAAUGUAGAUCAAGACUCAGCGUCAUCAAUGUGUGGUACGCGGCUUACGGGUUGUGCUAUGUAGUAUGGAAUCUCCGGAAGAACGCCAAGAAAAUGAAAUACAAGCAUUAAAGGCUAUAUUUGUAGAGGAGCUUAAAGAUUUACGUCAUAAUGAUGCCUGGAAUAUUUGGCGCCCAUUGGACAUAAUAAUAACACUGACUCCUCAGCAAGGAAGUUCUGGUCGCCAUGAAGUUCAUGCUCAAGUUGAUCUCCAUGUUAUUUGUUCGGAAAAUUAUCCCGAAGAUGUUCCUACACUUAUUCUGGAAAGAAGUAAAGGCUUAUCUGUUGUGGUGCUCCUUCAGUUGAAGACAGAACUGGAAAAUUUAGCCCAGAAAUUAAAAGGAGAAGUGAUGGUGUUCGAGUUGGCACAACAUGUCCAGAAAUUUUUGCAUUUACAUAAUAAACCAGCCUUUAAAUCAUUUUAUGAAGAAAUGGUAACUCGUCAGCAUGAACAGAGACAAAAUCAGCAGCUUGCACUCAAAAUGAAAGAAGAUCGCCAGAGACAAGAGCUUCAAGGGGAGAUAAUGCGAAGGCAGGAGGCUCUCCGAGAGGAACUGCGCCGUCAUCGACUACAGUCUCGCACUGUCAGUGCUGAAGGCACAAAAGAUGUGAAAUCUCCACCUGCUGUUCAAGGCACAGCAGUAGAACGAAUUAGAUCAUCUUCAUUUGGACGUAAUAGCUCUCUGUCUCGUAAGAGGUGUAGCAGUACUUCAGAGAGCAGUGAUGGCUGCAUCUGUGAACAUCGGGGUUCAGUACUGAUGCAAUUCAAUAACCGUGGUGAUCGACAAGUACGUCGUGGUCGCUGCCUGGGUCAUGGAACAAGAGGAUGUGUGGUAUAUUCGGGAAUGGACAUGACUACAGGGGAACUACUGAUAAUCACUGAGUGGUGCCUGCGCUGCCAUCAGAACAAACAUACAAGACAUGCUUCACCAAGCAAUGAUUCAGAGCCAAGCGAAAUGACCAAUUACAUGAAGCAGGUUUCAAGCAUAGAACAGGAGUUAAAUUACCUCCACAAAUUGAGGCACCCCAAUUUAAUUCACUAUCUCAACAUGAAAUAUUCCCAGGAGAAAGACUGCCUCAUUAUUUAUGUGUUACAGGAGUUUGUGUAUGGGUGGAACUUAUCAUUAUACCUAACUGAGAAUCUUCCAGUUGAAGGUGACUUGUUGAGGCAUUUGUCCAAAGGUGUACUUGAAGCUCUUGCCUUUUUGCAUCAGAACAAUGUUGUUCACAAAGACCUCAGAGACACAAGUGUAUUCAUUGACAGGACAGGUUUGGUGCGUGUUGGUGACUAUAGUCUGGAUAAACGAUUAUCAGAAAUCUAUCAAUCUUCAGUAACUGAAAGAACUGAAAAUACCUUUCCCCCAUCAUUGGGACGUGGUGGCAAAAAAUCAGAUAUCUAUCGAUUUGGAAUUCUUAUUUUGUCACUACUUCGUGGGUGUAUAGUGACAGAUAUGCUACCAGAAAUACCUACAUGUACUCCAUCAGAUCUAAGAGACUUUCUAGAGAAAUGUUUUGCAAAGGAUGAACAUACGCGUUGGAGUGCAGCACAGCUCCUGGAACACCAGUUUGUACGGAUUCCCAUUGAACGUCUUCCCAGUCCUUGUAAAAGUGCCGAUGACGCACAGCAACCUGAGGAUGAAACGUUUGAAGAGGAACCUGAUACUGAUAUUCACAUGAUAUUGCCAACCAAUCUCAAGGGGCAGUCCAGAAUCCAAAAUGAGUUUGAAGUGCUCAAGUGGCUGGGGAAAGGAGCAUUUGGUGAUGUACUGAAGGUUCGGAACAAAUUGGAUGGUGGUGUGUAUGCUAUCAAACGUAUUGAAUUGAAUCCCAAAAAUCGUCAGUUGAACCGUAAAAUCACUCGAGAAGUGAAGCUGCUGUCCAGAUUGAACCAUGAAAAUGUUGUGCGCUACUUUAAUUCCUGGAUUGAAAGUGCAACUAUUGAACAGCCAGCAACAACAGUUAGCAGUCGGACACCUUCACCUGCUGGAACCCAAUCGAGUCAGAGUAAAAUGAAGACCUUAUUGAUUCCUGACUUUGAACCACCACCUCUGAAAGAACUCAGUGUGGAGUGGAGCGUAUCAUAUGAAAGUCAUGCAAGUGGUAUCCUUGAUGGAAAUGUCAGUUCUGAAGAAAGCUCAGAAGAUGAAGAAUGGAUCAGUUUUUUACCAGAUUGCGACUCAUCUGAUGGAGUGGAAUUUGAAAGAGACACAUCUGUUGUUGAGCAGCAGUAUUCAUCUACAGCACCUUCUACAGAUCGCGAGGAAUCUGCCCCUGAGGAUCGCCUCCAAUCAGAACUUCGAGAGAUACAGUUCAUGUACAUACAGAUGGAGUUCUGUGAAAAAAGCACUCUCAGGACUGCCAUAGACAGUGGAUUAUAUGAAGAUCAAGAUCGAAUUUGGAGACUUUUUCGAGAGAUGGUUGAUGGCUUGGCACACAUCCACCAGCAGGGUAUGAUUCAUAGAGACCUCAAGCCUGUAAAUAUUUUUCUUGACUGCAAUGACCAUGUCAAGAUUGGUGACUUCGGGCUUGCUACAACCAACAUCUUGACAAGACCUGGAGCACUUGCACAUCUGGAGCCCAACAACAUAGUAUCUGACCAAAUGUCAUUUUCAAAUGAUCUUGGAGAUGGAUCAAUGACUGGUCAGGUUGGCACCGCACUAUACGUUUCCCCAGAAUUAGGGAGUGCAGGUGGCAAAGUAGUUUACAAUCAGAAGGUGGACAUCUAUAGCUUGGGCAUCAUUCUUUUCGAAAUGUGUUAUCAUCCACUAAAAACAGGGAUGGAGAGAGUGAAAGUGUUGGUAAAUUUGCGCAGCAAAGAUAUAAUUCUUCCAUCUGAUUUCAAUGAAGAAAAAAUGCCCAGACAGACGUAUAUAAUACGGUGGUUGCUCAACCAUGACCCUAGUCUUCGACCUACUUCCUUGGAAUUACUGCAGUCAGACUUCUUACCACCACCACAACUUGAAGAGGCAGAAUUGCAAGAAAUGGUGCGUCACACAUUAUCAAACCCACAGAGCAAGGCUUAUAAGUAUCUAGUGGCGUCAUGCUUCUCACAGGAAGUGACACCAGCUGAAGACCUCACUUAUGACAUGAAUUUACCGAAGCCAUCUCCUGCACUGCAAGAGUUUGCCAAGGAGACAGUGACUCGUGUAUUUCGUCGCCAUGGAGCUGUCUGUGUACCGACUCCUCUUCUAAUGCCACGUGAUAACUCUUUGCUUCCAGCAGACACAGGUGUACAGCUUAUGACACAUUCAGGAGGUGUUGUGUCUUUGCCUCACAAUCUCAGAGUUCCGUUUGCUCGUUAUGUUGCAUGGAAUGGAAUAUCAACCCUCAAGCGAUAUGCUAUUGACAGAGUAUAUCGAGAGAAGAAAGUUUUUGGCUUUCAUCCUAGAGAGCUUUACGAAUGUGCAGUGGAUAUUGUUACACCAAACCCAGGUACCAACACAGCCGAGGCUGAAUUGCUUGCAAUUGUAUGGGAGGUGGUGACAGAGUUCCCUAAUUUACGGGAUAAGAAUUGCUCAUUUCGUCUCAGUCAUACACUACUUCUGAAAGCAAUUCUUUUACAUUGUGGAAUUGAAGAAGAAAAGCAUGCAGAUGUUAGCAGUAUCUUGAGUGAAGCCAAGGAUGAGAAGUAUUCCAGAUUUCAGCUGCAGACUCGUCUGAUUAGCCUGUGCCUUACCGACCAAGCUAUUGAUUCAUUGUUUGCAUUUAUUGAAUCAGAAUGCUCUAUCGAAAAACUGGCAGUGAAUUUCCGUAGCAUUACCCGAAGGAAAGGCGAAGCUGCUACCCUUGCAAAGCAAGCCAUUAGAGAACUUGAGAUGAUUGUUAGCCACACUGAAGCUCUUGGUGUAAAGUGUCCAAUUGUGGUAGCACCAGGCCUUGUUUUUACUGUGCCCCAGUACUCGGGAAUGACAUGUCAAUUUGUUUGUGAACUCAAGAAAAAACGUAGGAAAACUGGACUUGAUGUUAUUGCAGCUGGUGGGCGGUAUGAUGGCAUGCUUGCCAAGUUCAGGCACACACUUGAGCUGACAGGAUUGGCAACACGCGGAAUGACUCAAUCAGCUGCUGGUGUGAGCAUCUCACUGGAUAAAAUAGUGUUAGCCUUGCAAGAGGCUCGAGCUGUCCUGUCUGGAGCAGCUAGUACAGUAGAUGUAGUUGUUUGCUCCCUAGGACAACGCUUCCUCUUCAAGCAGAAAGCUAGUAUUGCCAAAGAACUCUGGGCUCAUGGUGUGCAAACAUUGCUUCUUGAUAGCAUGCAGACACUGGAAGAGGUUCAAGAUUACUGCCGAGAGAUGUCUGUGCCCCACUUUAUAAUGCUAAAAGACUGUGAAGUGGAAUCAGUCAGAGUCCGAAGCUGGGAAAAAGACAGGUUCCAGGAACGUAAAGUGCAAUUAAAUGAAUUGGUAGACCUGAUGCUAAGGUUAACUGGUAAGGAACCUAGCACACCAAAUUCACGAGUUGAAGCGAAAAAUGAAUUUUUUACUCAAACAAAUCCAGGACCUCCAAGCAGUGGCCCUCUAGUUAAUUGCAAUUUUAACCUCACACUUGAUAAGUUAAAUGUCAGUCAACGGCGACGCCAUGAAGGGCUGAUGAAAGCAGCUCUGUCUCCUUUAUUAGCUCGUUUGUCACCUAAAGUUCGUGUUGAGGUCUUGGCACUUAACCUCGAUGCCAGUGUUAUUAGGACCUUGUCAGCAUAUGUGGAUGCUGAAUUUGACUUCCAGCAAUCAGUGACAGCAGUAAUUGAAAAGCAUCCCCGUCAUAAGAAGUACAUCAUAAGAAUCUGUGAAGAAAUAAUGGACUUGAGGAGUGGAAAGAAUAGUCCAGUCAUUGUUUUAUACAGUGUCGAAGAAAAUGUCAUUAGAAUGUUGAUGUAAGGUGAAAUAUGUUAUGAAAUGAAACUGCCAGCGAUGGUAAAAAAGUAAAUAUUUUGCUAAAUUAAUUUUCUUUAUGUGGCAUUUUAGUUAUUGUGUUCACAGUUAACAUAUAUGUUAAAUGUUAGUGUUCAUGAAUGUUAUUUUUGCCUUCACAAAUUGAAAAGUUUCUGUUUGAGAGGAUACAAGACAAAAGCAAUUGUUUCGAGUUAAAAAGGUCUGUAAUGACCUUGCUGUACAAAGGCAGUGUUAAACGCUUGUCACUGUUUUGUGAUACAGGAUAUACAUGAACAGCCACCAAUCAUUGUUUUUCAGUUAUUCCUGUACAUCCUGUACAACCUUUCAUAGUCUACUUAUUAUUUAUGUUUAAAAAUGUGAGCUACUUUUUGUUAUAAUUACUUCAGAAUUUUACACUGCCUUACUUAAUUAUUGUGUAAUAGUAUACUGAAUGCUUGCACAAUGUAAACUGUAGAAAAUUCAACUAAGCUAUGUUAGUUAAAUAGUUUGAUCAUAAUCAAUUUGCUCUCACUUCUUAUUUGAUAAGUAAGUUUGUGUUGUAUAAAAGCAGAAGAUUAUGUGACAAAUGUUUGUGUGUACAUUCUUCCAAGGCAAUAUUGAAAUACUGUUUUGCCCUCCUUUUGCAGUAAACUUUCAAUUAUUGAUGGAAGCAGAAUACAUUAAUAUAAGACUGGCCAAAGCCAGUGAUUCUUCAGAAAGAACAUCAGGAAUUUUAUUGCAAAAGUCCUUUAGUUUACUCCUUUUCAUAAGAAAAUGUUGUAUGGAAGCAGAACAGGUUAAUAUACGACUGGGGAAAGCCAGUGAUUAUUCAGAAAGAAUGUCAGGAAUUUUAUUGCAAAAGUCCACUAGUUUACUCCUUUUCAUAAGUGAAUAUUGUGUAAUUUCAUUAUAGUCCCACUGGUCCUUCCCCUUUUCCUAAAAACAGUCUUGUUGUAUUUAAUCAGGCCUGUUUUGUUCUGUUGUUGAAUCAAGAUCUCUUGCUUUCAGUAUACAAUGGUAACAAUUUUCUAUCUCUGUUUCAUAUUUGGCAGUUAAGUUUUUUGUAUAUGUAGUGAUCUGAAGUCCUUUGAUAAUGGCUAUUAUAUUGUUAUUUUCUCUGAUGAAGGCUAUUUGAAGAUUUUUCACAUGCUUCAUUAAAAAAAAUUGGGUGGGGGCAGCACCAUAAUACAUGUGUCAUCUGGUGUUUUUAUUUUAUUUAUUUUUUUUAAAAAAGAUGUGGAGCCCCUCCAUGCCCACACUGGCAUGAUGGCCAAUUUGAAAGGUCUAUUGCCAUCUCUGCAUAAGGGUUAGUUUUCACUAAAGUGAGGUGUCCCAGGAUGUGGGUACUGCGAUAUUUGUGUACAUCUGGUUAAGAUUAACCAUUUACAUGCGCUCAUCUGGAGAUAGACUAGGUCGAAAGUCAAACGAAGGGCAGCAGUUUGAAGGGCAGAGGGAAAACAGUGCGAAGGCAAGCGCCAAGGGAAGAAAACCUCAGCGAUAGUUAGGUCAGGUAGUAAGAGCAGUAGCGGAUGUCUUACUGACUGCAAUAGGUCAUGGAAGUUAAGUUAGAGGCGGGUAUCAUGCAAGCGGAUACCGUGUCAAGCCAUAUGUUCAUCGUAAGAGAUCAGUCUGUGACAAUGCUGCAGCACGGUGUGCUGCAGUUUAGGCUAACUUUGAGAGCUCCCUGCCGCUCUGCGUCAGUGGUUGGUGAGCAUCGAAGCCAAGCGCUUGGAGAUGUGCGGUUGUGUAGCGUCACCACUCCUCACUCGUUGACUGUGCUGACAGGCCCAGUGAGGGUUGCGGUUGAGUUUCUGAGUGUUGCGGACAACGUAGCCCAAGCCAUUGAGCAUCCUGAUCACUCUGGUAGUCCACUCGUUGGAGCAUAGCUGCUCUGAACUGACGGGCUUCGGUGUUCCUGCGGCGGCAUCUGUGUUCUUCUUCAGCGUGUCCGUCGCACUGUGGUUUUCCGCCGGCUCCAUAAGGGAAGCAGUGGCAGGUGUCUUCUCUUCACCUGUGGCGUCUGCACAGAUGUUGCGCGCCAGCUGCGAGCACAAUUGCCGCAGCUGGCUGCAAGCCUCCUCCAUCUCUGCAGACAGGGUGACCUUAAAAGCUGCCCUGUCUGCGUCCGUGGUGGCUUUGAAGGCCGCAAUCGCCUCCUCCGCCGGUGCACUUUACACAGUGUGGCGAGUUGCGGCAGUAUUUAGCCACAUGCCCUUCAGCUUGGCACCUGAAGCACUGUGGCUUAGGGUCCUUGCCCAGGUGGAGAGCUUCGAUGGUCACAAGAAAGGCUAAGAACUUCCUCAUCCCAAAGAUGUCACUGCCAUCCGUCACAUUUUCCACUACGACGAUGUACAGGAGCAGCAUCUUCUUAUUUGUCCGGUUGUGCAGCUUAGUAGUUGCACCCUGGAAUCCAGCACAUGACAUUCUCUUGGACCGUCUUCUCAUCACGUAUCCAAGGCAGCCCCCAAUCAGGGCCUUGCAGUGCUUCUCAUGCUGUUUUGGUGCAGUCCUCUUCUCCACGGUAGGUGGAUCAACAGUGUGGGCAGCCACAGCACUCUUCAGUGCGCAUUGGUCGGCCACGCUUGCUGCCUGCAGCUGGACAGUGGCAUCUGAGUCCAGGAACUCUACGCCUACUUCUUCCCUGCAGCAGUUGGCUAUGAUAUCACACAUCACUGCCCAAUGUACAGAGGAGGGUGGGACAGGUGUAUGACAUUUGUCGCACGUCUGUUCUGCAUUCCUGGUGGGUUGCAGUGUCAAAGGCUUCUUCUCUGUGUCUGCCUUCUUCUUCUGCCCAUUCUGUGACACAAAGACACAACAAUUUUGCUGUGUCAUAAUAACGACGCACGACAAUUUGCUUAGCAUCGCACCACAGUCCAAGCACAGCUUCACAGCUCUUCUUCUGGCCAAGCACAGGUAACUCACUUCACCAGUGAUGUACGCUCUCUGCUGCUCAAGCGCAACGUGUGUCAUCUGGUAAGCACUGACUAACUUGCAUCCUUACCAAUUUUAUGCAUUACAUACCUGUUUUGGACGAAAAAAGAUGAUCUCAUUGAAACAAAAUUUUGAAAAGAGAGAGAGAGAGAGUGUGUGUGUAUGUACACUAAAACCGGGUGGACUCCAUAUGGCACUACAUUGAAAAUAAGUGUAAUGACUGUUUUUAUUAUCGGUCCAUCUUAUUUAAGGUGAAACAGGGCAAGUGAGACCAUAAAUUGCUGCACUGGUUGGACUUAAACAAUAACAAAUCUUUUACUUUUGUCAAUUAUAUUAUCAGUUUACAGAAGAAAGAAUUUUUUUCUUAGCUUACUUAAAAAGACAUCAAAACUACUGGGCUCAUGAUAUUCCUUUCCAAGUUCCAUGUUAAUGCUAAGAAUAUGCAUUUAUGGGCAACAGGGGUGAAGUGCAAGGGCCACUCUUUUUCAAUACCGUGGUUCUGGAAUCUGUCCAAUAUCAUUAUUAGGUAUUUAUUAUGAAUAUUUUGUUAAAAGAGUGAUAAAUGAAAUUGAAUUGUUAAUGGAAAAUUGUCACUCAUUAUCUAAAAGUACAACAUUGCAAGAAUGAAUUUUAUUGCAGACAGUCAGUUUAUGUACAUUAAUACAUUGUUAACUCAGUAUUGUAACUAAUGAAUGAUGUGAAAAGAUAAUUGAAAGGUUUGCUACAAGAAAAGGAGAUAGCUCCAGUUUUCCAAAUUUUCGAUGUAUUGAAAGAAAUGUUUUUAAAAAUCAGAAUUCUUAUUGUGUGAAAAAUAUUCUUUCAGAUAAAGUUCUAUAAUGCUUCUAACCUGUUAUGACAGCCUAUUCACUGUAAAAUAUAUUUCUCAGAUCAUGUGAUGUAUCUCAUCGUUGGAGCUUUCUCUUUCUUGUCACAAAAUAGAUCUUCAGUCUCCUUUUAGGAAAUAGAUUUCAUAAAAAGUAAAUUUUAUAUGCCAUGGCACUAUGCAAAUGCCGUUUUACAAAUUUGUUCCUUUUUAUCUCCAAGGGGAACAGAAUGCCCAUUUUCACUCUUCUUUGUUAAACUCACUUGAUUCUUAUGAGUCCUCAUAAUUAGCAUCUUGUGCUCACUUUUUACGUAUCUUAUUAAAAGAAUCUAGUAGGCACACUUUUCCAUGAGUAGUAGGUUUACUGAAACACACAAUCAUAGUCAGUAACUCAAUGUAAUUUAUUUUUUCUGCAUACAUGUUUGUAUGCCCACACAAUCAUAGCCAGCAAUUUGAAGUAAUUUAUCUUCUCUACGUACAUUUUUGUAUGUCUUGCAUUCAGUCAUCUAUCAUUUCCUUACAUUUCAUAUCCAUUCAAAAAGUUUCAAAAAAUUCACCUUUUUCUAAACAGGAAUACAAUUAGUAUUUACACUAGCUUUGUUAGAAGUGAUUUCUUCUUCAUUAGCAGGUUUGUAUAAAUUAUUACAACCAGAAAUACACACUCAUCUCUUGGGAAUUACUCAUUAUUCUUACAAUAAUAUGCAGUAUUUAAUUUAUUAGAACUACUACUGUGAGACACAACUGAAAAACAUUCAGCUUGUGAUAACACCAUUUCUGUAAACAGGUCACAUUUGUUGUCUAAUGCAACAAAGAAAACAAGCCAGCAAGACUGGCAGUCAUCCCUCCCCUCCCCCAUCUUGAUGAAUAGGGAACAAAGGGCUGGAGCUACAUCCUUCUUGGAUACAACGAAAGGCCUUUUCUAUCUCUCUCCAUUCAACCCCCUCCCCCAAAGUUUUUGCAAGUAACUCCAAACUCAAUCAGGGUUAAGGGUUAAGCUAUUUACAUUUUGUAGCAAACCCUUCAAUAUAUCCAUGGCUUCAAAUUUCUGGAGAAGGUAAACACAUUUACCCAUCUUCCCAUUCCAUAUAACAAAUAUCAUAGUUCUCUGAUUAUGUAUAGAUGAAGGAGAACAAGUUUGAAUUUUUCUUGCAGAUUUCAUUGUUUCAGUAUUCCUCUUUACUUCAGCCAAAAUUCUGUCCACUAAGAAAUUUUUUUGUCUUUUUAGAUGAAAAUCUAUCAGUGUCCUCUAUACAGAAUUCAGCAUCUGAAAGUGCUUAUUGUAAUAACUUGUAAUAAUUCCUUGAAAUAUGCUCUUCCUUUUCUUUACUUUUACUGUGUUAUAAAUGGACCAUAGUUGUAUUUUGUUUUCCAAAGACAGAAUAGGGCCAGGAUAAGUGUGCAUUAUGGUAUGCUUUUCCCCCAGAACACACAGGAUGCACUACCCCAGUAAGAAAUAAUCAUGGGGUAAGUGUUUGCCAUGAAACUAAUGAGACUAAAUCAUACAAAAGAAUAAUCAUUUGGCUCUUUCAGAUUAGGAAUGAUGAUGAAUAAUAUUGCAAACAAUAUAAUCAUAAUAUGAUAGCAGAUUCCUACGUAAUCAGAGUUCAAAAACAUACCGUACUCUCUAAUUAAAGCUUUCACAGUUCUGUCAUAGAUAAUGAAAUAUCUGCUAAGAUGAAUGUAGAGAUAGCUUCGAUCUAAUGAUGGACAGAAGUACUGAGUAAUAUUUCACUUUUCACAACAGUGAGAUGCAGUGUACGGUUGACAGCCAAAGAAUAUCAUGUCGAGUACACUUACACUUGCACCACUUCACUCAAUUGAAAGCCAAGGUGUAUAGUGAUAGACUGGAACAAAACCUUGUUCCAGGGUGUUCAGCUCGGUUCUUUCUAUGAGUUACUGCCUUCGGUGAAAACCCAAUACCAGUGUCACAGUUUCUAAGUUUUCCUCUACAGCUGAUUGCCUCAGCUUAUGCUGUCUAAAUGAUCAUGUAUCAUCAAGUGAAAUAGUAGUUGUAUUUUACUAUUACAGUACUGCAUAAAUGAUAGGAAAACAUCUGACAGCUUACUUAAACACACACACCAAAUUGUCAUAAAACUCUUCUUUCACACAAAUGUUCAAAGAGUUAAUGACAGAUUUCAUUAAAAAAAUUACAAUAAAAUAUGUCUGAGUAAUCCUUUUAUAGAAAAUUGAUUUUAUCUCAACAGUAUCUCAGUUUCAUUUGGAAAGUGAUGCAAGCGAAGAAUAUCGAAGACGCUUGCAUUUAUGUAUUAGUCAGUACAUCUCGCCCACAUUGCCCUUACACUGUCAGGCAGUAUAAAAGCCUGAUCUCUCACAUUUUUUGUUGUUAAGGUAGGAAAUAUCUCCUGCAAUUUUUAUUCUCUACCACAGAUCUUGUUUGCUAUGCCCAAACCACCUGUGCUUGUCUUUUUUUCUUACCUCCAACUAAACAUUGAAUUUGUAUUAUAUCUCUGUUUCUUUUAACGUGUCUAGACAAACAUAUUUCUUUAUAUUAUUUCAUCAUACCAGCCUUUUCUUUCAUGCCAGUCAACGUCAUUUCACACUCCUCUGUUUUACUGUCUUUUUCACAAGCCUAUGCAUGUACUGUAUGUUGCACUAUAUGUUGUGCUGUGAAGUAAUUCUUAGAUAUGUAUUACCUUUUUGUAAUACUUUCAUGCUUUACAGGAAUCUUCCAAUAUUCUGCUACAAUCAUUGAAAUAUUUGUUAUCUUGUAGUAAAGUGCUAACAAAUUAUUUGAGAUUUCCCCAGUUUGUUGAGGUGGUGUACCUAAUAUAAAACCUGCUCCUUCAGCUCUCCUUUUCACAGUCAGUACAUAUCUUUGUACUUUUCCUGGUCAGUACAUAUCUUUGUCUAUGCACUAGUUUAAUGAAUAGAAUUGUGAGGAAGGAAAGAUCAGUAUUGAACUGAGUGAUUGAUUGUCCCAUACUCUUUUUUCGUAAGUGUGUAAUGGUAGGUGUAUGGUAAUGACAUCAGAAUACUGGGUACUGUACUGCAAACAAUAAUUAGAACACCAGUAUCUUUUACAAGUACAAUUACUGUCAACAAUACUUAUGUAAUUGGCCAACACUCAAUUAACAGUGGAGUACAGUGUGCCUUUAUCAUCACUUUUAUAUUUUUGCAGGUCUUCCUAUUCGAAGGAGUAUAAGUGCUACUUAACUAAUAUUGUGCAUUAUGUGAAAAAAGAAAGAGAUGUAAUUUUGUUACAAGUAUUGUAGUUUUUAAUUGAUGAACUUUGUAAACUGUAAAAUUUUCUACUGCAGUUUUCAAUUAUGAUCUUUCAUGAAAUGUUCAAAUACAUAUAUUGCCUGUAAAGGUACUAUGAUGUCUUUACAAAUUUUUCUACAUUGUUGUAACAGUGCCAGCAAUUGAAUUAAUUUCAAAUGUCAAUCAUAAUUUAUGUGCUUCUCCAGUAUUUCAUGCAUCACGCAAACUGGAUCUAAUUGCUGUAAUCUUACAUAAAAGCUGUAAUUUCUUGUAAGUUUCAUGUAUGUGUUGUAUCUGCUCAUAAAGCAUUUAUUUAUUUUUGUUACACAAGUUUUGUCUAAAAAUAAAUUGUACCUGAACCUUGACAAAUAAAAUGGAAGGUGAUUUCCUUCAGCUUGUGUGUCAAUAUCCCAACAACUGUAACAUAAUUGUUUGCGACUUUCACUUUUUUAUUAAGUUUCAUGUUCUAAAAUCAUGCAAGUCAAGAGAGUAAAUAUAUGUACGAACUAUUGCCAUAUACAAAAAUGUAAAUAUCAA